GAUGAGUUUAGAUUAUAUUCUGUGUGGAAAACGAUUCCUUCCGUUUCUCCUGGAUUUUUUCAUUGAUUUUAUCGAUUUUAUGUUUCCCUUUAAUGAAGCAUGAUCCCAGCUUUAGUAUCAACAAUACUAAAUUUGUUUUCAAUGAAAUACAUUACGUCAAUGGCGAUGGUAAACAAAAUGUGUGAAGGAGUUGUUUUGAAGUAAAUAUCCCACAAUAUUGCUAAUGAAUGUAUAUAUAAUAAUUUAAAAUUUUGCCAUUUAUGCAGCAUUAUGAAAUUAAAGAUAACCAUAAGUUUGAAGUAAUUUAAAAUUUCCCUUUCUGCUGAAUGAAAAUUUUACAAGUCUAAAGUAUACUAUAUUGGUUUCACGUUGAUACUAAACAUUCGUUUAGGAAUCAGAUGCAAUUAUGUUUUUAUGAUUAUUCCUUGUGAGAGAAAUGAUUGUGAGUUUUAGUUCCCAUUGCGGCAUUGUUGGCAUAUUAUCAUUUGCUGUACUUGCUAGCUGUCUUCAAAUACAUUCUGCCCGAGUUUUAAACGAGUUCAUUCUCCACUUUGAGCCCGUCUUCUUCGAUCAGCUUUCCUUGAAAGAUCAGCAUCGUCGUUCUAUUCGUUCACCUAUGGACCGGUAUUUUACCCUUCAGUUCACAGCUUUUAAAAGGGUAUUCCGUCUGAAAUUGAAACGAGACACUUGGGUGUUCGCCGAAAAUACCAAAUUCGAAAAUUCUAAUUCAACCGUCCAUUACGAUAAAGCUCGCGUGAUCUCUGGAUACGUUGAAGGUGAAGAAAAUUCAAGUGUGCAUGGAGUUCUUCUUGACUCAGGACUCCUAGAUGGUACCAUAAGAAUCGAAGGUGAAGAAUAUUUUGUUGAGCCAGCCAAAAAUUACUUUUCUCCGCUCCAGCAUUUUCAUUCUGUAGUUUACAAACUUUCUGACAUUCGAUUCCCAGAGACAAAUCGGACUUGUAUGGAAUCUGUAGUGAGAACAAAUGACUGCCAACAUCAUUCUCACAUUAAGAGAUCUAUUAGCAGCUAUUCGCAUAGAAUAGAGGAUAAAAAAUUACAUAAAUCGCAUCAAAGACUUGUACAUAAGCACAACAAGCAAGGAAAUCACAGGAAAACAAGGCAGCGCAAGAAUUUUCACAGUAGUAAACGUCAUGGCUCGCAGCCAGCGAGAUACCAUGAUGGCAGGAAACAUUCCAGGCAUCAUUUCAAACUAGAUCGAAAUGAGGACUUCGCAUACUUGAAGGACGAUGGUCAUGAUUUUCCAAAGUAUUCUCCCAAAUUUUCAAUGAACAACAUAAACAAAUUCGAACAAUGGCUCAAGCAAUUCGAGGACACUAUGCGCCUUGGUUCCGAUUUCGACUUUACAAGUGCCAACUUAGGAAGCUCAUUCUCUACUAGUUUAAAUGAGAACUAUUUUGAGAAUCAGACUCUAACAGAACCUUUUACUUUAUCCAGUGGUCAAAAUGAUCGCGCCCUCAAUAAUGUCACGGAUGGGACCACUCCACAUGGAUUGACCACUGUACGAGUCGAACCAGAGACAUCAAUGGAAGACAAAGAUGAUGUACCAUACUGGAGAGAAUUGGAUGCUCUCCAUUACACAGAGGAUGGAAGGACAGGCAGUUCUGAGCCUUAUGGAGUGCGUUCCAUACAGAGAACUCAAUGGAACGAAGAUCGUGGUCAAAGACAUGUUGCAGUAGACAGACGAAAAAGUACUUGUCUUCUCUAUCUCCAAGCUGACCAUCUCUUUUACCAACGAAUGGGAAGUGAGGAGGCUUGCAUCGAUGCGAUGACCAGGCAUGUACAGAGGGUGAACAGCAUCUAUCGGACGACUGAUUUCGACCAGGACGGUCGUCCAGAUAAUAUCUCUUUCCUGAUCAAGCGGAUCAAGGUCCACACUCGACCCGACGAUCCGGAUUACAGGUUCGUGGGCAGCUAUGGAGUCGAAAAGUUCCUGGAACUCUUCUCAGAGGACGACUACGACGCCUUUUGCCUUGCUUAUAUGUUCACCUACAGGGACUUCGAGGGUGGUACCUUGGGUCUAGCAUGGACAGGGGACCUCAAGAACGCUGGAGGGGUGUGUGAAAAAAAUGGACAUUAUAGGGGAAGCCUAAAGAGUCUAAACACAGGCAUCAUAACAUUGCUCAAUUAUGGUAAACAUGUGCCACCAGUCGUAUCGCACGUCACUUUAGCUCAUGAAAUUGGACACAACUUUGGUUCACCCCAUGAUCCUGAGGACGACCUUCACUGCACCCCUGGAGGGGAUCAUGGAAAUUACAUCAUGUUUGCUCGGGCGACAUCGGGAGACAAGAAAAACAAUAACAAAUUCUCACCGUGUAGUUUGCGCAGCAUUAACGCAGUUCUCAACACCAAGGCGAGGAGUGUGAAAGGUUGCUUCACAGAGCCCCUAGAUGCGGUGUGUGGCAAUGAGGUGGUGGAAGGGGCCGAGGAGUGUGACUGCGGCUGGGAGGAGGACUGUCACGAACCGUGUUGUUUUCCCAUGAGAGUCAAUCCGCCACAAGAUCAACCCCCUUGUAGAUUACGCCCUGCAGCAUUCUGCAGUCCCAGUCAAGGCCCUUGUUGUUCCCAAGACUGCCGUUUGAAAUACGGGGUUCUGUGCAGAGAAGACAAUGGCUGUCGAACAGCAAGCUUCUGCGAUGGACAAAGUCCUUUGUGUCCGCCUUCAACGAAGAAACCAAAUAAAACUGUCUGCAGUGAAGAAUUUGUUUGUUAUAACGGGGAAUGCACGGGAUCCAUCUGCAUGGCGUACGGCUUAGAAUCUUGCCAGUGCAUUAGAAGCUACCACGAUCCCCUGAUUCGUUCUUGUGAGCUCUGCUGUAAGCUUCCUGGAGACGAGCUCAGCUGCAAAUCUUCCUUUGAAUGGAACCUCCCACCCUACGAUGUCCCAGAUCUGUAUGCGAAACCAGGGGCACCAUGUGAUAAUUACAAUGGCUACUGUGAUGUCCAUCAGUCAUGUAGAGAGAUUGAUCCAUCGGGACCUUUAGCAACUUUGCGCAAUUUAUUGAUGUCGCCUGAAGGCAUAGCCCUCUUGAAAAAGUGGAUUGCAGAAAAGUGGUGGAGCAUGCUUUUGCUUUUCUUUGGAUCUGCGAUUAUUGUGGUACUGACCAUACGCCUACUGACACGAAGAAAUGCAAAGAACUUUCUAUCCACCAUAUUACCUGGCCAAACAGACUUUCGAAUAUGCAAUAUUCGUUCCUCUUCCCGCUCGCAUCCAUCUUGUAUUGUGACGUCGCCUUCAGGCAAUUCCAACCACCUUUCCCUCAGCAAGAACAACAGAACUUCCAGACCUCGUAUCAGCGCUGCACCUGAAAAUGGUUGGGUUUGAUUAGGGCUCAUUUUUCUGGAAAAACAAACUCGUGAUUGGCGAAAGUUCUUCAUACCAGAACUGCCAUUUUGGUCUAGCUGCCACUCGUAACUGUAGCCGUUACAGCUAUGUAACAGUUACAAGCAAUAUUUCUCAAUAUUUAUAUUCGAAUGGUGUUCAUUUCAGAACGGAAAUAUAUUCCAAAUGAUAUGAUUCGACCAUUUUGGAAAGCUGGAGGAAGAAGAAAUUGCCAGAGGCUCUUUGAGACUGAGAAUUUGCUUUAUGUUCCAAGGUCAGACAAGGCAAAAUAAGGCUCAUGUCUGCUAUUCUUUGCUUAGUAAAUGUUAAAGCUGUUUUUCCUGGUUGUAAAUGUUAUUUGAAUACAUUGUUAAAAGGAUAGUUACCGUGAAAAAUCUUUUUCAUAAGCUAUUCUUGUUAUUUUGUAUUGUUAAAAGAAUAGUUAUCAUGAAUCUCCUCUUCAAGAAAUUUCAUCUUUUUAUUUAAUUGAUAACUUGGAAGCUACAGAAUAAUUUUCGUAGUAACUUUCAUUUUUUGAUAUGAUAAAAAAGAAGAAAGGUUAUAUUUUGCAUCAAACCAUUUUGUGAAGAAAAGAACAGUAAAUCAUGAUUCAUUUUUUUUUAUGUUCUUCAUGUUUAUAAACCAUAUCUUCGCAACAGCCUUUGUAGGUUUGAUGCUCUAACCAGCUUGUUUUUUAUGAUGCCACAAAUUAUUCCAUUUCUGUGAAUUAAGAGAUAAUAUUUUUCAACACAAAGCAAAAUCAUAUAUUUCUGUUGACGAAUGAUUAUAGCUUUCUGAGUAAUCUGAAUUCUGUUUUUCUUUCAAAAUAUGUUGGUGAAAUGCAGUUUUAAAGAUGAUGUAAUUUCAGAUUAUUCAAAAAUAUUUUAUUGUGAUAAAAAAUGGUGUGGAUGUUUAUUUUAAAUAAUGAAGAUAAUUUUAUCUGCAUUUUAAUAUCUUUUAUUC